GGGACUUUUGUUUUGAAAUACCAAAAAUGGUAUUUACCAAACAGGAUGUCAAUUCUUCAUGACACGUGUUUCAGUAUUCCAGAUAUUCUGUGCUCAUUGAGAGAGAAAAACAGAACGUGCAUCCUAAUAAACAUACAGGCUGUAACCCCCAGCUAAGACCAUGGAUGAAUUCUCUCAGCUGAAGAUUGGGUUUAUUGGAGCAGGAAACAUGGCUUAUGGAAUAGCACAAGGCAUUCUUAGAGCUGGUGAUGUUGUCGCAUCUAAUGUGAUUGUAAGCGCCCCGUCCAAAAACAACUUUUCCCGCUUCCAGGCAAUGGGAGUUGCAGUCACGCAUUCGAAUGAGGAAGUUAUUCAUAGUUCUCGUCUGGUCUUCCUGGCUGUCAAACCCCAUCUGAUCCCCACUGUCCUACGUGCACUCUCGGAGCACGUCACCCCACAACACAUUAUUGUCUCGGUGGCAGCUGGAGUCACAAUAGGAACACUUGAAGGGUUGUUGCCCGGAGGAUCCUGUGUGAUGCGUCUGAUGCCGAAUCUUCCGUGCAUGCUUCAGGAAGGAGCUCUACUCUUGGCGUGUGGAACAGAGGACAAGCAGGAGGUGGCUUCUCAGCUGAAGGUUCUCCUCUCACCUUGUGGACUGGUGGAGGUUGGACCUGAGUCCUGGAUCGAUGCCCACACAGGCCUAAGUGGCAGUGGUGUGGCUUUUGUGUACGUGUUUGCUGAGGCCCUGGCUGAAGGAGCUGUUAAAAUGGGAAUGCCGUGUGCACUGGCUCAGCGUUUUGCAGCCCAGACUAUACUAGGUGCAGGUCAUUUGUUGCGAGAUGGUGAGAAACAUCCAGCACAGUUGAAGGCAGAAGUGUGUACUCCAGGCGGGACCACAGUGUACGGACUUCAUGCGCUGGAAAAAGGAGGGCUCAGGGCAGCCGUCAUGGGGGCCGUGGAGGCAGCAACAGAAAGAGCAAGAGAACUCGGGCGCAGAUAAAGGAGGAGCGAGACAGUCUGCGAGAAAUAGAGGGAGGAAGAGAUGAAAAGAGAGAAACGAUGCCAAGACUGGACUAUGAGUCAUUAGUUACAAAGUAACAUAGAGUUAUAGAUAUGUAGAAGAUCAAAAAGCAGCACUAGAAAAACUGUCUAAAUUUAAUAUACAUGGUUAAAUGUACAUAAAUUCAUUAAAUUAAGUCAUAAAUGAAAUCACAAACACA